AUGGAGUUCGGCAGUGGAGGAGGCGCUGGCUCUGGUGGAGACCACGAUGCCUCUGACUCUCAAAGAAGGAAGAAGCGCUACCAUCGUCACACUGCUAACCAGAUUCAGAAGCUUGAAGGAAUGUUCAAGGAGUGCCCUCACCCAGAUGAAAAGCAAAGGUUGCUGUUGAGCAGAGAGUUGGGGUUGGCUCCUCGCCAGAUCAAAUUUUGGUUUCAAAACCGGAGGACCCAGAUGAAGGCCCAACAUGAAAGAGCUGAUAACUGUGCGCUUCGAGCAGAGAACGACAAGAUCCGAUGUGAGAACAUUGCAAUCAGAGAGGCCCUCAAAAAUGUCAUUUGCCCAGCUUGCGGUGUCCCUCCCCUCAAUGAAGAUUCCUAUUUUGAUGAACAUAAAUUGAGAAUGGAGAAUGCCCAAUUGAAAGAAGAGCUAGAUAGAGUAUCUAGCAUUGCUGCCAAAUGCAUUGGGAGGCCAAUUUCCCAGCUCCCUCCUGUUCAGCCUAUUCAUGUUUCGUCUUUGGAGUUAUCAAUGGCAAGUUUUGGGGGCCAUGGGGUGGGUGGCCCUUCCCUUGAUCUUGAUCUUCUUCCAGGGACUACUUCAUCUACCAUGCCCAGUUUGCCUUACCACCCUACCGUUUUAUCGGACAUGGACAAGUCCCUCAUGACUGAUAUUGCAGCAAAUGCCAUGGAAGAGUUGCUUAGGCUUUUGCAGACCAAUGAGCCUUUGUGGAUUAAGUCCGCUACUGAUGGGAGGGAUGUUCUUAAUCUUGAAAGCUAUGAGAGGAUUUUUCCGAGGGCUAAUAGUCAUUUGAAAAAUCCCCAUCUUAGAAUUGAAGCAUCAAGAGACUCUGGUGUGGUUAUCAUGAAUGGUUUAGCAUUAGUCGAAAUGUUUAUGGACCCGAACAAGUUUGGGGAGCUAUUUCCAACAAUUGUCUCAAUGGCAAAGACAAUCGAAGUAAUAUCAUCUGGAAUGCUGGGCAGUCAGAGUGGGUCUUUGCAGUUGAUGUAUAAAGAGUUGCAGGUGCUUUCACCGUUGGUACAAACUCGGGAGUUCUACUUCCUUCGUUAUUGCCAGCAAAUUGAGCAAGGCCUGUGGGCAAUUGUCGAUGUUUCUUACGAUUUUCCACGAGAUAACCAGUUUACAAAUCAAUGUCGAUCUCAUAGGCUUCCUUCCGGGUGCUUGAUUCAAGACAUGCCUAACGGAUAUUCCAAGGUUUCAUGGGUGGAACAUGUGGAAAUAGAAGACAAAGCCCCAACUCAUCGGCUUUAUAGAGAUCUUAUUCACAGUGGAUUAGCAUUUGGAGCUGAACGAUGGCUUGCUGCUCUUCAGAGAAUGUGUGAAAGAUUUGCAUGCCUAAUGGUUUCAGGAACUUCUACUAGAGAUCUUGAAGGAGUGAUUCCAUCGGCUGAAGGCAAGAGAAGCAUGAUGAAACUUGCCCAAAGGAUGGUCAACAACUUCUGUGCAAGCAUUAGCACAUCCAACGGCCAUCGAUGGACCACCCUUUCUGGGAUGAACGAGGUUGGAGUGCGAGUCACCAUCCAUAAGAGCACGGAUCCUGGUCAGCCCAACGGUGUGGUUCUUAGUGCAGCCACGACCAUUUGGCUACCAGUAUCUCCACAAAAUGUGUUCAAUUUUUUCAAGGAUGAAAGAACUCGACCUCAGUGGGAUGUCCUUUCCAAUAACAAUGCAGUGCAAGAGGUUGCCCAUAUAGCAAAUGGUUCACAUCCAGGCAACUGCAUAUCUGUUCUAAGAGCUUUCAACACUAGCCAGAACAACAUGCUGAUGCUGCAGGAGAGCUGCAUAGACUCAUCAGGGUCACUUGUUGUGUACAGCCCUGUUGAUCUACCAUCCAUCAACAUUGCAAUGAGCGGUGAGGAUCCUUCUUACAUCCCUCUGCUGCCAUCAGGAUUCACCAUUUCACCGGACGGAAGGCCGGAGCAAGGAGAUGGUGCCUCAACAAGUUCUUGCAACGUACAUGGAAGUGGUGGAUCACUAGUUACAGUGGCAUUUCAAAUCCUAGUGAGCAGCUUGCCAUCCGCUAAGCUGAACUUGGAGUCGGUGAAUACUGUGAAUACUCUUAUUGGCACCACUGUCCAGCAAAUUAAGGCAGCCUUGAAUUGUAAUAGUUCCUGAUGAUCAUGGAACAACUGUUUUCUCUCCUCUCUCCUCUCUACCCUCUACCAUCCUUAAAUAGGGUGAUCAGAAAAGUGUUCAUUCAGACAGUAGUGCUUGGGCAGCCUGCUGGUGCUGGUGCUGGUGGUAUUCAAUGUGGGACAAGUAUCUGGGUUAGUUGGGACUUUGAAUGCCCUCUCAUCAAGAGCUGAAGCUCUUCAUUUACUGCUCCUGCUGCUUCUUCUGCUCCUUCUGCUGCUAGUAGAGCUGUUUUUGCUUCCAAGGUUCAUUACUUCAGUACAAUUUUCACCAACUACAAACUUUUUUCUUUUUUGUUUUUUUCUUCUUUUUUGGUGGGGCAGGUUUUAUUUUCCUU